GAGUGCUAGGAUUACAGGAGUGAGCCACAGCACCUGGCUGAAGACGGCAUUCGGUAAUGAACAAGGUGGUGAGAUCAUCAAGUGAGUCAGAGGUGCAGCUCUGGGAAACAGAAGAGGAUGACAUGACAGAAGGUGAUUUGGGAUAUGGCCUUGGAAGAAGACCUGGUGGUAUUUAUGAAGUGGAAGUUUCACAAUUAUUUACAUCUAGAAAAAGGUCAGAUGGAAAGAACUUUAGCCCUCCCCCAUUUCCAAGAAAGGAGGAAGAAAGAAGUGGAGGUAUUUUUCAAUAUUCCAAACAAAAGAGCUUGCAAGAUACAUACUCUCAAGGGUCUAGAAUUUCCAGUUACAGAAGACAAAGUAGCACCGAUUCUACUUCAGAAUUGUCAAAUGAAGAAUUAAGGCAGUAUCUUCAUGAAACUUUAGAGGAGGUAGAAAUUUUAAAAACUGAACUUGAGGCAUCUCAAAGACAACUUGAAAGUAAAGAGGAAGCACUGAAAAUUCUUCAAAGCAUGGCAAUACUUGGGAAAGCCACAAGUCAUACCCAGGCAGUGCUUCAAAAAACUAUGGAACAAAAGAGAUUCUUGGAGAAGGGCCUGCCUCUUUCUGUUCAUCUCAUCAUCACUACAAAGGAAAUAAAUGCCUUACAGUGGGAAAUAGAAUUUGAUCAGAAUAGAUUUAAAAAUAUAGAGGAAUCUUGGACUCAAAAAUAUGACAGACUAAAUUGUGAAAAUGCUGUCCUCAAAGAGAAUUUGAAACUGAAAACAGAAAAAAUUAAAAUGCUGAAGUCUGAAAAUACAGUUUUGAAUCAACAGUAUUUGGAGGUCCUCGCCAUGCUUGAUAUCAAACAGCAGAAGAUGGCUCAGGAAAACACGUGCCAUGAUAAAAGUGGCUUUGUAGAGGUUUCAGGUCUUGAGCUUGCAGUCCUUGGAGCCUGCCUCUGUCAUAGUCCUGGAGGGAACCCCUGUUCUUGUGCCAAAAUGGCAGCAUCAACUCGGAAACUGCUUCUUCAGCUCAAACAAGAGUUGGAACUUUUGCAGAAGAGCAAAGAAGAAGCUUAUAUAAUGGCGGAUGCAUUCAGAAUUGCAUUUGAGCAACAAUUAAUGAGGAAAAAUGAACAGGCACUAAGAUUGACACAAAUGGAUAAAAUGUGUAAAAAAGCAACAAAACGGAUAAAUUGGAAGCACCUUAAAGAGGAUGGAUAUCCAUCACAGAGGAGCAAGAAGACCUUAGGGCAGAAACUCUUGGGUAUGCUCCCUUCAGAAAACAGUUCCAAGCGGACAGAAGACCAGGAUAACCCUCAAGAAGUCUUUAAGAUGUUAAUAGAUUUGGGAAACUGCUUAAAAGUGACUUAUAUGAAACAGGCACUGAAAUUUUGUCAACAGAAGAUGCUGGAGAGACACUACAAGAAGGGAAAGGUUUUGCUUCCUGGUUCCCAUUGUCUUGCUUAGCUGACUCCUGCAGCACCCACACGUUCUCUAGUGACCAGGCUCCUGUAGCAGGGGCAGAAGAGGCAGUUUCUCCAGUGCUGCUCCAGCAGUGAGGCCAGCAGGCUCCCUACUUGCCCCUCAGCAGUUUUCUAGCAGAGUGCUUCCAGAGAGGCAUCUGUUCUGCAACAGCUUUCCUUAGCAUCUUAGAGCACAAUUACUAUAUUCCAGAAAGUAGGUUUCUAGCAAGUUCCACUAGCAAAGUUCCACAGUGACUACUCUGCCAUCCAGUGAGCCACAACUGCCCUCUUCAACAAGAUCUAGAUCUUAUCCCUGGGGAGCCUUCUUCUCCAAGUGAUCAGUCUUGGCCCUAGCAGUAGUGGUGGCUGAUCCUUAUAUCUGCUAUUUCUAUAUUAGUUAUCUCCUGGUAUAGUUAUUAAUUCUUUAUACUGUAUUAAACUUUCCUGAUCAAAUUAAUGUUUUUAUUUUCUGAGUGGACUUAGUAUAAUACCUAUUUAUUAGAGAUUAUAUAACACUAUAUCAUUAUGCAUAUUAAAUGUACUAAAAAAAUAGAAACCAAAAGGGGUAUUAAAUAACAUUACAGAUAUUUUUGGACAUGUUCACAUUUUCUUCUUAUACCCCAAAAGAUUAUCUUACUUUUGGAUACCAGUAUCUUCAUUCUGCAGACCACCAAUACAAAUUAUGGACAAGCUUCCAAUUUAAUCAGAUUUUAAGGACAGACAUGUAAAAAAUUUAAAUUAAACUGAGCUAUCUAGCAUGUGGAUUUUAGAUCCCAAAUUGAACAACUCAACUUAAGACAUUUAUGAGAAAAACUGAGGAAAUGUGAAUAUAGACUUAAUGUUAUUAAGAAAUUAUUUUUUUCAGAUGACAAUGGUAUUGUGAUUAUGAUAAAGAAUUCUUAUCCUUUAGAGAAAAAUAAGUAACAUUGAUAAAAUUAUAUGAUGUUUGGAAUUUGUGGCAAAAAAUUUAGUGUGGGAGGGUACUGGUAAAAUUGGCCAUGUGUUAAAAACUACUGAAGCUAGUUGUUGGGUAAAUGAAGGCACAUUUUACUACUCUCUCUGCUUUU